GCAUUCAAACUCAUUCACCAUAAAAGAUCGUUUCGUUGUUAUUCUAAAAUCAGUUGCUGUUGAAACGUCGUUUGUCUUGUAUUCGAUUUUGGAUAUUUUGGUGUAACGGAGAGUGGAUAUCUCAAACUCUGAUACGCGUGUAAAUUUUCAUUUAAAACAAAACUUAAUAUAAAGCGAUGAUCAACAUGCACUCAAUUUUACUUUGUGUGAUCUUACUUGUGUCUUCAUGCAGCGCACAAUUUUAUUUCCACCAAUCAGCGCCCUUGCCAUAUCAAUCACUUCAUUAUCCGCGAUAUACCUCACCACCACCCGAUUUUAAACCCAUCUCAGAGCCAAGCCAGGAGAGCUAUGCCCAUCCGGCGGUUAUAGCCAAUGCGGAGCGAGAAGCUCAACUGCCACCGGAACUAUCGAAAAGUCGACGUUUCUACAGCAAUCCUCAUAUCGCAGCUGCUCUCGCCAAAGAGUCACUGCUGACAUCCAAGGAGAUGCCGGUGCUCAAUCGUGAAGCAGAGAAAAUUGAUCGCAAUGAAAUUUAUAAAAUUUUCCAUAAUGCUGGUUGGGCGAGAAGAAGAUAAAGCGAGAUAGAUAGAUUAAAUAAAAUACAGAUUAAUUUUUGUGGUUCUAAAAAGAGUCGUGCUUAGAGCAAGUUGAUUUUGUUGUUGUUCCCGUCUUGCCAAUCAACCUAAAAUACAUUUA